AUGAUGCGACGCACGCUGCUCUGGCUCGUGAAUUUCGAGCCCGUCUUCAUGCCGGCUCUCUCCCCGUCGAUGGAGAGGGGUACCGUGGUCGAGUGGAAGAAGAAGGUAGGCGAUGUUGUGAAUGAGAAUGAUGUCUUCUGCACCAUCCAGACGGACAAGGCUGUAGUGGACUACACGAAUACCUUCGAGAGCGGCUACCUCGCCAAGAUCUACUGCGAGAACGGCCAGUCUGCCCCUGUGGCCAAGACGAUCGCGGUUAUGGUGAGCGACGCCGCCGAUGUGGAGAAGGCCUCUAACUACUACCCUGAAGAUGCUGCUACUGCCCCUGCUACUGCCCCUGCUGCUGCUGAUGCUGCGCAGGAUCCCCCGGUUUCCUCGGCCGCACCUGCCAAGCAUUACGGUGGCUCGAUUGACGCGGCGGUGGCGGCUAGCGGCCCGAGCGUGACCCGCAUUGUUGCUGGUCUGGAGCCUAGCGCUCUAGCCGGCAUCGCUCCCUCUGGUAAAGGCGGCCGUUUCCUGAAGUCCGAUUUUUCUGAUCAGCCCGGCUUCAAAUACAGCGACACUGCGCCGGCGCGCGCGACGCGGAAGGAAGUUCCGGCUGCUGCCGCUGGUGACACGAGUAAGACAGCUGCGAAGUCUGUCGCUGGGACAGCGGUAAGUGGGAGUAUUUACGACGUUGUGCUCAAGCCCGGUCCUGCGUACAAGAGCGUCAGUGAUACCGCCCUGCUGAACAAGCUCAUCCGCGCCAUGUACGUUCCGAAGCCGAAUGCAAAUAAGGCCGCCAAGUAA